AUGGCUGGUCAAGCCGGUGGAAAGAACGGCCCGGGCGCAAAGUCGGGCAACACUGGAUCAAGCUCGUCCAAGGCUGUACAGCUCCUAACAGUCAACAUCCACAGUGAACAACCUGAGAGCAAGGAGGAACUCGCUGCUUGGGUGCUUGCAUACCUUUAUGUAUUAAAGUAUAAUGAUGUUAUCGACAUCAUUAAGGUCCGAUACACUACUUAG